AGGAGCGGGAGCCGGAGCCGGGGCCGGGGCCGGGGCCGGGCGGGCACCUGGCAGGCUGGCGGAGCAGGCAGCGGCGGUGGCGGCGAUGGGUCGGGCUGGCCAUGGGUGUCGCUCCGGGCUGCUGCUGCUGGCGUUGCUGGUAAUCCUGCCAGUGUGUCUAUCCUCCACUCAGAUCUCCCCGCUCAUCAAGAAAAUCUCUGAACAUAAAGAUUUCAAGAAACUUCUCAGGACACGGAAUAAUGUAUUGGUGCUUUACUCCAAAUCUGCUGCUGCAGCCGAAAAUCACCUCAGAUUACUGUCUAACGUGGCCAAAGCAGUGAAAGGACAAGGCACCAUCUCCUGGGUGGACUGUGGUGAUUCAGAGAGUCGGAAAUUGUGCAAGAAGAUGAAAGUUGAUCCAAGCACAAAGGACAAAAAAGUGGAAUUACUUCACUAUAAGGAUGGUGCAUUUCACACUGAAUAUAAUCGUGCUAUGACAUUUAAGUCCAUAGUGGCUUUUCUGAAGGAUCCAGAAGGGGCCCCUCUUUGGGAAGAAGAUCCUGAAGCUAAAGAUGUUGUCCACAUUGACAGUGAAAAGGAAUUCAGACGGAUUGUGAAGAAGGAUGACAAACCUCUCCUGAUGAUGUUCUAUGCCCCUUGGUGUGCCAUGUGUAAGCGGAUGAUGCCAUCUUUCCAACAGGCAGCCACAGAACUAAAAGGCACCCAUGUGCUGGCUGGGAUGAAUGUCUACUCCUCUGAAUUUGAACACAUCAAGGAAGAGUAUGAUGUCCGUGGCUACCCCACCAUCUGCUAUUUUGAGAAAGGGAAGUUUCUGUUCCAGUAUGAAAACUAUAGGUCCACAGCCAAGGACAUUGUGGAAUGGAUGAAGAAUCCACAAGCGCCACAGCCCCAGGUCCCCGAGGCUGCCUGGGCAGACGAGGGAAGCGUCGUUUAUCACCUGACCGACGAAGACUUUGACAAGUUUGUGAAGGAGCACUCCUCUGUCCUCAUCAUGUUUCAUGCCCCAUGGUGCGGACAUUGUAAGAAGAUGAAGCCCGAGUUUGAGAGUGCAGCGGAGACCCUCCAUGGAGCUGCAGAUAGUCCAGGUGUUCUUGCAGCCAUUGAUGCCACUGUCAAUAAAGCCACUGCAGAACGAUAUCAGAUCUCAGGCUUCCCUACACUAAAAUAUUUUAAGGAUGGAGAAGAAAAGUAUACCUUGCCACAGCUUAGAACAAAGAAGAAGAUUAUCGAGUGGAUGCAGAAUCCUGAGGCACCCCCACCCCCAGAGCCUGCAUGGGAAGAAAAGCAAACCAGUGUGCUGCACCUGACAGGAGUGGACUUUCGGGAAGCCCUGAAGAAAAAGAAACAUGCUCUUGUCAUGUUCUACGCACCCUGGUGUCCACAUUGUAAAAAUACAAUCCCGAACUUCACUGCCACUGCUGAACUUUUCAAAGACGACCGGAAGAUUGCCUGUGCUGCAGUUGACUGUGCCAAAGAUAAGAACCGGGAUCUAUGUAAGCAGGAAGGGGUUGAUGGCUACCCCACUUUCAACUACUACAACUAUGGGAAGAUGAUCGAAAAAUAUAAUGGAGAUCGGACGGAGUCAGGGUUUGUCUCUUUUGUUCGAACUCUCCGAGAACGAGACCAUGAGCGACUUGGAAAAAAGAAAGAUGAAUUGUGAUUUCUGCCUCAAAAGAAGCUUUUUCCACUACACUGUGAACGAUGCUGGCUUUGUUGUUCCUGAGUUUUCACACCUUCUAAAGACAAAGUUUUUUAUAGCCACCCGUGGCCAUUUUGUACAAUUUUAAAAUAAAGUUGAACCACUUGUUUGGGGA